CUUUGGAGUGGUGAAAAACAUGCUCACAGAGAGGUCCGCGUUCCCAAAUUUAUUAGUUAAAUGAUGGAAGCGGCGACCUUGUCUGCGGUAUCACUUCGGUGGAAGCGGACGUUAAAUAAACCUAUUUCACACACAAGAUUUAGUGGCGACCCGAUUUUUCGGGGGGAAUUGUCUUUUACCUCGAUUGGACUAUGCCAUUUAAUUGUUAUGACAUUCCCACGCCGUGUGCGUUUAGUCGAUAAAUUUGAUUGGACAGAAUAUUUUAUUUCGUCUGCUGGAAAAAGCUAGAACAGACACUGCUGUUUAAACCGUUAUUCUACAGUAGACACUAUCAGGAACAUAUUGAACACAGUUCGCUACUGAUUCAUCAUGACAUUAGAUUAUCUUCUGUUCUCCAACAUCGUUGAUCGUCUGCUCAUCAAUCUGCUUGGUAUUUGCGUGUCUAUGUAUGCUCUUAGAAUUGAACUGAAGAAAGAAGCUGAUCCUACGUAUAGAGCUGCGUGUGAUUUUAACAGUAGAAUGAGCUGCUCCAAAGUCCUGACUUCAAAGUACAGUAAAGGUUUUGGUAUAGUGGGUGUACUGUUUGGUGAAGAUCACCUUCUUAAUCAAAGAAACUGUAAUUUAGGAAUAUUGUUUUAUACAGUUCAGAUUUUAUUGGCCUUUUUACCGAACCCAGCAGUAUGUUCUAGAUUAUUAUUGUGUUGUUCAAUAGCCGGUGGUAUAGGAUCUGUGUACUUGGCGCUUAUACUGUUUAUCGUCUUAAAGGACGUCUGUCUCGUUUGUAUAACUACCUAUAUAAUCAAUGGUGCUUUAAUGUACCUGAAUUAUUCACUGUACAAGAAUUUUAAUAUGGCUUCAUCAUAGUCAGUGGUGGUGUCAUGAUGUCAAAGUCAGUGAUCUACAAAAACUCACAUUAUUGGUGAAAAGUGAACGAUGAAUUAUUUUUUGACAAGGAACAUUAUUGAAAUUCUUAUUAAAUAUUAUUACAUAAA